CUGCUCAUAUCAGCUCACUUAUUUCCAAGAUACCCUCUAUAUACCUCAAUUUCUUUCCCCUUAUAGAAAGAUGUCAAGAAAGAUACAAUGGCAUACUUGCCGUCUGGUGCGGAACAACUCCACUUUGAACCGCUGCCAGAGUAUAAUGAAGUCGAUCCUGUGCGAGAGUACCGGCCUUCAUGUACGCAGUAAUCAUACUCGGGCAUCCCUCAUACAUCGCAGUCGUCCCAUCCACAGGCAGGGUGGUGUCAGUCUCACUCCGCUUCAGAGCUUAUUGUAAUUCCACGUAUGUCGUUCCUAGUCCAACCCAGUCCCACGGAGAAGCUGACAGACUGAUAGAAACCAGCAAAGCCUUCCGCGGCACCUUCUAUAGUCCCUUCAUGCGAGCUUACAGCUCUGCACUGGCAGAAGCUGGAAUAACUAUGAAAGAUUUUCUGCCCUUUAUCGACGGACUCAAUGACCAACCCCCUCCCCCAAGCGACCAGGACAAUUGGUAGCAUUCUGUCCAUGGUGCCAUUUCCUCCCGUCCAAUUGACUGGUAUCGGUAUGCAGAUCGCUUCAGG